AUGGCUACCAAGGGGGGCGGGGAAGAGGCGAAUGUUCGGAACGAAACUUUCAGUGACUUGCCAGGCUCGGCUUUGUAUCAUAUCUCCAAACACCGCCUCUUCGCCGUAUCCGCCCUAAUCCACCUCAUCCAGUUCUCCAUCUGGCGAAGCCAUGCUAUAUUCACAGCGCCAAUCCUCCUAGGUUGCGUGGGCGAGAUAAUCGGCUACGCUGGACGACUCAUGCUAAAUAGGGACCCGUUCAGCCUCAACGGCUUCCUGAUACAGAUAUGCGCCCUCACGAUCGCGCCGGCGCUCUUCACCGCGGCGAUCUAUUUCUGCAUGACAGAUAUCGCUCGGCUGUUUGGGUGUGAGGGCACGUCGCGGUUGGAUCCGAGGCAGUAUGCGUGGAUAUUCAUCCCUUGCGAUUUUAUUAGUCUUUUAUUGCAAGGCCUAGGAGGUGGAAUCGCGAGUAAUGCGAUGCUAAAGAGGCAGAAUCGGCUUGCGGGUAUUGAUGUCAUGGUUGCAGGGUUGGUAUUUCAGGUGUUGAGUUUAUUCGUAUUUAUUUUGUUGCUUCUGGAGUUGUUUACCAGGGUUUACCGACGAGGGUAUCUGUGGAAGGAGGUUAAUGGCUAUGAGAUAAAGGCGGGUAGAGUUAGUGUUGGUGGGCCCGCUUGUACGGCGCUCGGGCGCUUGUAUAUUUUUUUCCCUGCGUUUUCGUUGGCAAUCUUGUUGAUUUUUAUUCGAUGUAUAUACCGGGUUGCGGAGUUGCUUCAUGGAUUUAAUGGGAAAUUAAUCACGAAGGAAGGCCCGUUUAUUGCGCUUGAAGGAGUGAUGAUCGUGGUGGCGGUAUUCGCUCUCCACUUUGGCCACCCAAGAGUUCUAAAUGUAUAG